CUUACCACUCUUCUAACUAGGAGACAAUACACAGAAGUUAAGAGUUUAAAAUUAAAAAAAAAAAUUUCAUUUCCCAUCCAAGUUUCUGGCCCCUCAAGACCCAUCCAUGAACCCUAAGUAAAAGCUACGUGUCAGGCACUGUGCUAAUUGUUCAGAAUGAAAAAGAAAUGUUGGCUCCGAGGAGAGACAACAUACAAACAACUCUACAAACAAGCUAGGUACAAGGCUCAUCAGCAGAGCAGGAAAGCAGACCGGUCAUUAGCCGCAGGGAAAUACGAAGAGGCCAUUUCUUGUCAUCAAAAGGCGGCUGCGUAUCUUUCAGAAGCCAUGAAGCUGACACAGUCUGAGCAGGCUCAGUUAUCACUGGAAUUACAAAGGGAUAGCCACAUGAAACAGCUCUUGCUUAUUCAGGAGAGGUGGAAAAGGGCCAAGCGGGAGGAAAGGUGGAAAGCCCAGCAGACCCCUGACGGAACCCCCCACCUUCUGACAUCGUGCAAGCCAUCUGCUGAAGAUGGGUCUGAGGGUCUGAGUGUGCCUAGGCCUCAGCUCUUGAGUCCUGCCCCUGAGAGGCUCUCUCCAGCCGUACCAGGAGUCUUUGACAGGGAUCCAGACACUCUGCUUUUUCUCCUUCAGAAGAGGAAAGACCCAACCGAACCAUGUACUGUCAGCAAAGCCCCCAAAGAUGACAAAACCAUCAUAGAAGAGCAGGCAACCAAGAUUGCUGAUCUGAAGCGGCAUGUCGAGUUUCUGGUGGCCGACAACGAAAGAUUGAGAAGAGAAAACAAGCAGCUCCGGGCCGAAAAGGCCAGACUCCAAAAGGCUCCCCUCGAAAAGGAAUUGGAUGUCGAUGCUGACUUUGUAGAAAAAUCUGAAUUAUGGAGCCUGCCUCCCCCGACAGAAACUGCUUCAUCCGCUUCCGCCUGGCCAGAGUUUGCCGCUAAUACAGGAAAAGCCAAGGACAUUCCUAUCCCCAACCUCCCCCCCUUGGACUUUCCGUCCCCGGAGCUCCCGCUUCUGGAGCUCCCCGAAGAUAUUCUGAAAGGCCUGAUGAACAGCUAAGCGGACAGGCACGCGGGGCUGCGGUGGCGGUGAGGCAGAGGAGAUCACACGGGAAACACGGCGAAAAGGGAAAACCACGGAGCUCGAUCGGCCUGGCCGGGGGCGGCUCGCCCAGCGGGCCCCUGCAGGAGAAGCAGCCGCUUGGCCAGAGGGCUGGCCGGCCGGGGGAGGCCUGCAGCGCUGACCCUCAUCUCCGGGGUCUCCCCUGACUCGGGCCGGACGGCGACCUGCAAGAAGGUUCUUCAAGCAGCAAUUCUUUUCCUUCCUUAACUUCAGGGUUGUGCUCUACGUAAUCAUUAAUCAUAAUGCCAUAAAGGGUGAUGCGGAGGAGCCCCAGGGCCGCCUCGUUCCUAUCAUGCGUUGACUGCAUGCAUUUUGUUAUGCACCAAGUGAUUCGUCGUGGCAGGCCGGCAGCCGCCGGGCCAGGGGCAGCCGCCGGGCCGGCCGCUCUUUGCACUACUCCAAGGGAUGAUCACCUCAAGACAAGACGAUCUAUCAGGAGAAAUGUUCGAAUUUCCACUGUAUGAAGAAAGGAACCAAAUUAUUAGUUCUGCUUUUUUAAUUCUCAGUUUACAUAAUUAAUCAGGGUGCAUCAUAAGUUGUAACUUUCUGUUUGCUGUAUUAAAAUGUUAGGCAUCAUUUACAAGCUGCCCGAGGAUUAGCCCUUUGUUUUGAAUGGUGCAUGAAUGGGAGUAAUGCAAGUUGGCAGUAUUUGAUUACAAGAAAUCAAUAAAAUAAUGGUGUUUUAUUAUA